GCAGCUCAGCCGGAGCCGCAGCCCGGAGGCGCCGGGCGGUGCGCUGGGUGCUGCUGCUGCCGGCCCUCCGCCGCCCGGGCCCCCGCUGCCGCCCGGGCCCCGGCUGCCGUCUGCGCCCCCGUCAACCCUACCCGCGAGUGCGCCCCAGCCGGGACGCCGCCCCCGGCCGGGUCUCCACUUCUUGGCCGCACCUUCCAUGACAGCGCCCGCGAGAAGAUGGCUGCGAAGGGCGCGCACGGCUCCCACCUGAAGGUGGAGAGCGAGCUGGAGCGCUGCCGCGCCGAGGGCCACUGGGACCGCAUGCCGGAGCUGGUCCGGCAGCUGCAGUCGCUGAGCAUGCCCGGCGGCGGAGGUAACAGGCGAGGCAUCCCGAGCGCAGCGUUCACCUUUCCGGACACCGAUGACUUUGGGAAAUUGCUGCUGGCUGAGGCCCUCCUGGAGCAGUGUUUGAAGGAGAAUCAUGCCAAAAUAAAAGACUCCAUCCCUUUGCUGGAGAAGAAUGAGCCGAAGAUGAGCGAAGCCAAAAAUUAUCUGAGCAGUAUCCUUAACCAUGGGAGGCUCACGCCACAGUACAUGUGUGAGGCCAUGCUGAUCCUGGGCAAACUGCAUUACGUGGAGGGCUCGUACCGAGAUGCCAUCAGCAUGUACGCACGGGCCGGGAUCGAUGACGUGUCCAUGGAGAACAAGCCCCUGUAUCAGAUGCGGCUGCUGUCGGAGGCUUUUGUCAUCAAAGCAUGCCUCCAGCUUCUUGGGGGAACACAGUCCCGGUGGUCAGAGGUUCUGCAGGGGAGGGUACCCAAGUCUGGGAUUCAUCGUCCGUGGAUGCUGCAGCUGUACCUGCGCCCUUUUGACAGGCUGGGCCUCUCUCUGGAACGCCUACCCAACUCCAUCGCUUCCCGCUUCCGCCUGACGGAGAGGGAGGAGGAAGUGAUCACCUGUUUUGAGAGGGCCUCCUGGAUCGCUCAGGUGUUCCUGCAGGAAUUGGAGAAGACCACAAAUAACAGCACGUCGAGGCAUCUGAAAGGCUGUCACCCGGCUGACUAUGAGCUCACCUACUUCCUGGAAGCCGCCCUCCAGAGCGCCUAUGUGAAGAACCUGAAGAAGGGGAACAUCGUGAAGGGCAUGAGAGAGCUCCGGGAGGUGCUGCGGACUGUGGAGACCAAAGCAACUCAGAACUUCAAAGUGAUGGCGGCCAAGCACCUGGCGGGGGUCCUGCUGCACUCCCUGAGUGAGGAGUGCUACUGGAGCCCCCUGUCCCACCCUCUGCCCGAAUUCAUGGGCAAGGAGGAGAAUUCUUUCGCCACGCAGGCCCUGCGGAAACCUCACCUCUAUGAAGGAGACAACCUCUACUGCCCCAAGGACAACAUCGAGGAAGCCCUCCUGCUCCUCCUCAUCAGCGAGUCCAUGGCCACUCGAGACGUGGUGCUGAGCCGGGUGCCAGAGCAGGAGGAGGACCGGGCAGUGAGCUUGCAGAAUGCUGCAGCCAUCUAUGACCUCCUGAGCAUCACGUUGGGCAGAAGGGGACAGUAUGUCAUGCUCUCUGAGUGCCUGGAGCGAGCCAUGAAGUUUGCGUUUGGAGAAUUUCACCUUUGGUACCAGGUGGCCCUCUCCAUGGUGGCUUGUGGGAAGUCAGCCUACGCCGUGUCCCUGCUGCGGGAGUGUGUGAAGUUGAGGCCCUCGGACCCCACUGUGCCCCUGAUGGCCGCGAAGGUCUGCAUCGGGUCCCUUCACUGGCUGGAGGAAGCAGAGCGCUUUGCCAUGAUGGUGAUCAGCCUCGGAGAGGAAGCCGGGGAGUUCCUCCCCAAGGGCUACCUGGCGCUGGGUCUCACCUAUAGCCUGCAGGCCACCGACGCCACCCUGAAGUCCAAGCAAGAUGAAUUGCACCGGAAGGCACUGCAGACACUGGAGAGGGCUCAGCAGCUGGCACCCGGUGACCCCCAGGUCAUCCUCUAUGUCUCGCUGCAGCUGGCCCUCGUCCGACAGAUCUCCAGCGCCAUGGAGCAGCUGCAGGAGGCCCUGAAGGUAUGCAAGGAUGAUGCCCACGCCCUCCAUCUGCUGGCACUGCUCUUCUCCGCCCAGAAGCACCACCAGCAUGCCCUGGAUGUUGUCAACAUGGCCAUCACCGAGCACCCUGAGAACUUCAACCUGAUGUUCACCAAGGUGAAGCUGGAGCAGGUGCUGAAAGGCCCAGAGGAAGCCCUCGUGACCUGCAGACAAAUGCUGCGGCUGUGGCAGACCCUGUACAGCUUCUCCCAGCUGGGAGGCCUGGAAAAGGAUGGUAGCCUCGGUGAGGGCCUCACCAUGAAGAAGCAGAGUGGCAUGCACCUGACUUUGCCUGAUGCCCAUGAUGCAGACUCUGGCUCCCGGCGGGCUUCAUCCAUCGCAGCCUCCCGGCUGGAGGAGGCCAUGUCAGAGCUGACUAUGCCCUCUUCGGUCCUGAAGCAGGGCCCCAUGCAGCUAUGGACCACGCUGGAACAGAUCUGGCUGCAGGCUGCUGAGCUGUUCAUGGAGCAGAAGCACCUCAAGGAAGCAGGUUUCUGCAUCCAGGAGGCAGCAGGCCUCUUCCCCACUUCUCACUCAGUACUAUAUAUGCGGGGCCGGCUGGCUGAGGUGAAGGGCAGCCUGGAGGAGGCCAAGCAGCUGUACAAGGAGGCGCUCACAGUGAACCCAGAUGGUGUGCGCAUCAUGCACAGCCUGGGUCUGAUGCUGAGUCGGCUUGGCCACAAGAGCCUGGCCCAGAAGGUGCUUCGAGAUGCCGUGGAGAGGCAGAGCACGUGCCACGAGGCAUGGCAGGGCCUGGGCGAGGUGCUGCAGGCCCAGGGCCAGAACGAGGCCGCCGUCGACUGCUUCCUCACUGCCCUGGAGCUGGAGGCCAGCAGCCCUGUGCUGCCCUUCUCCAUCAUCCCCAGAGAGCUGUGACGACACUGCAGCCACAGGGAGGGAGGGCCGGCCAGAGGGAGAGGCAGCAGUCAGUGUGGGGUGACAGUGGCAUCAGGUGCGGGGCCUCAGGGAAAUCCAUCUUUAGUGAACGCCUCCGCAGCUGCGGCCCUCGUUCUCCUGGCUCGGCCAAGAGGGUCUUCCUGGAUUUCUUUGUUGGUGCCUUGGGAAACAGUCUGACUUGAACCCUAAGUGCCUUUUUGCAGAGUUUUGUGGUGACCAGACUUGCACCCCAAGAGCUGGGCAGAGGGGAGCCUCACAAUUGUCCUUCACCCUCACCCAUGCCUCUGGUUGGGGGUCUGGGGAUCUCACUCCCCACUCUCAGCACAGCACAGACUUCUGGAUCCCUCUCAGGUCUUGCCCAGGGCAGUCACGACGUGAAGAAACUGGGCAAGUGGGAAGACGAUGGGAUUUCUGGGUUCCCUUCCCAGACUUGGAGUUAGCAGAUGAUGCCCACGUUGCCCCUCUUUGCCCCCUGAGGCCAGCUGGGCCCCACUGUGCUCUUUCCCUCUGCUACCAAGUGCCUUUGGGGCCUCUGGGGUCUAGCCAGGGGGGUACUGAGCACUGGCCCUUACACUUCCAUUUCCACCCACCCCAUCUCCCUGGAAAUGUGUUCCAGCCCAAGCAGCCUCCGUUGGUUUUAGAUCCUGUGGUUGCUAGAUCCAGUCCUUUCUAAUACCCUGAGUCAACACGUUACUCCUGCAGGUCUUACGCUACAAUGCAGGUCCCUCGAGGGCCAAUAACAUGGAGGUGGGCAAUUUCUAGGACUGUCGCCAGUACAUCUCACCACCCACAGCCCUUUUUUGCCUUGAUUUGAGCCCCCUAGCCUUUUGGGUUGCCCUGCCUGAGGCAGACCUGAGGAGGGGACAGAGCCCAGCCUUUCUCCUGUGACUGAGCAGGCCUCUGUGUCCAUGACACCUUUUUCCGGGCCUGGGGGCUGUGGGUGUAUGUCUUCCCUGCUGGCUCCCCUGGCCCCUGCUGCAUGACGCUCUUGGAACUCUUCCCCAAGGAGUCAGUCCCCCAGGCUUAUCAGGGAAUCCUUUUGUAUCUGCACUUUGGGUUUUAGUUUCAAAGCUCCAUCAGGUACAGCUUACAUUUCAGGAUGUGUAGAAAGCUCAGGUGAGGGCUGCCCUGGUUUGUCAUAGCUCCACCUUCCUCGGAGGGAGAGAGCUGUUGGAGACCCCCCAUCCAUGGCACACUAGCUCAGCACUGCAUGUCCCGAGAUGAUUCCCAAGACAGCUGGUGCCUCCUGGCUUUCCUGCGGCAGGCCAAGGGGCACCCCAGAGGACGCUGGAUCCUUCAUGGUUGAAGGAUCUCUAUGUAUGUGUGUAUAUAAAUAUAGUUUUUAUAUAUAUAUAUAAAAAGUAGAGAUCUAUUUUUUUCUGGAAUUAUGUUAGAAAAGUAAAGAAAAAGCAAAUGCUGUUGAUUUAUCUCAGGGUGCCCAAAGAGUUGUAGUCAAUUUUUGGUACUAGGAAAGGCACCCAAUGCAUUUCCUGACUUUUAAGCAGUUCCUUGUUGGAAGCAGCAGAGGGCCAAGCCAAGUUGCUGACAGUGACUUUACAGGUUAAAUAAAGAGACCCUCGGAGGGGAAGCAGGCUUGUCUGAAGCAGCAUGUUUAUUCACUGGGCAUGUCGCUCCCGCACCAGCCUUGAGCCAGGCCCUGGAGAGGAGGGGCUGUUGCAGGAGGAGGGAGGCCAGAGAAGUCAUCGAAGCCAAGACCUGGGCCCAGCUGAGGAGGGAUGUGGGGAAGGAAGGAUGAGAGGGAGGACCCUCUGGGAAAAUGUGGGUUUGAGCUGGUGAGAGUGUUGCCAGUUGAGGCUGGGCUAAAGCCUGGAGGGGGUAGGAGGAAGCAAGAGGGGUCCAGGCAGGGCUGAUCCUGGCCUUUGACUUGUCCAGGGGGCCACCCCAGAAGCCCCUGCUGCCUCUGGGCAUUGCUGGGAGAGGCCAAGGCAGUACUCAUAUCUGAACAGAGAGCCCCUCAGGUAUUGCUGAUGGGCCACCUUCAGCUGCAGGGAAGAAGACUAGGAGAGGAGGCAUGGGAGAGACCUGGGCCUUGUUCAGAUUGGCCACCUCUGCUGAGAAGUCCAUUCCAGUACACCCCUAAUAAGUUAUGCCACAUACCAAUGUACUGUGGAUGUUAUAACCUGCAUCAACAUAAUUCUAAACAA